AGUAAUAGCUCGACCUAGCUAGCUGAUGGACAAUAUUGGCUGCUCGCUGUAGUACGUUAUACGCGUUUCGUCGUUACGGUUCACCUCUGAAGAAGAGUGAGGUUUGGACACAUCUAUUGAAGGAGGAAAUUUCCUUUUCCUUCGGCGGUUUUGUUAACUGGAAAAGAAUAGGAAAAUUCAGCUGAUCUAGCUGUGAGUAUUCGCAAGCCAUUGUUCUACAGGGAACUGUAGUCUACGGGCGAGCUAAGGACAUCUCGACUGGUUGUCCUAGAAUUUGCUGCGUGCGCUAGGCCGAACAUAGAUGGAUAUUGAACUUUUGAUCUAACUGGAGUGCUAUCCGACUGGGUGGUGGGGGAAUUCUAGGGAGCUGAAGUGUUUAGUGCUCGGCGGAGGGAACGUCCAGCUUCACGCAGGAACUCGGAUCUGUCUGCAGACUGGAGAAAAUCAAUCGCACAGUGCACACCUGGGCACACAGUAGGUGUCUGGAAGUGACAUUUUUGCUCGCCAUCGGUAUGAUAUGGCGCUCCGAGAGCUACAUAUGUGUGUGCAGCAGAACCAGUGUGAAUAGUCAAGGCACUGCUCCCCUUCGAAGCAUGGAGUUCGCAAGGUGAAAGAAGAAAACCCACAACAUCAGUGUUGUUAGAGCUGCAUCGUGUGUUUAAUCACUCAAGGGACCCCCAGUUAAUCAGCGAGACCAACAUCCAGCAUCGAUAACCCAUAGAACGACACUCCCGCCGAAUUAGUGACCAGUUUUGACACUCCGUGUGAAUGGAGUUUUGUGUAUACAAAUAUUUAGACAUAAAAUAAGCACAAAUAUGCAAAAGUGAAGAGUUAUUUUUUCUCGCUGCUAUUCGUCUGGAUCUAGCUCCGAUAUCUCCCCUACAUAUACAGACGUCGCGUACUCGGCUAACGAUAGAGGGUACGUCACACAACGACGACACGGGCCAGCUUAAGAAAUAUUGAAAAAGAAGUCCCACUACGGACGGGUGCUACUGCUGCUGCGAGAGACGUUUUUCUGACCGUACUCUCGUGCUCCGUUCAUCUCUGUGCAUGCAAUCGUCGUCGUUCAACCAACUACCGACUGGUGAGCUACAGUGAGCUUUAUUUUGUGUGUAUUUCGCUGAUAGCCAGAUUCUGUAUAAGCGAAUGAGAGUUCACCGUGUACACAGAUUGUGAGUGCGUGCGGAACUGUGGAAUUCCGGUGCGUUUCAUGGGACUUCGUGGAGAUUCGUAGACGAGUCCUUACCCAAGCGAACCGGAGGGAUUCAGGUGAAAACCGUGUUGUUCAGUCAGCAGUGCAGUGAGUCUCGUGUGUUCUCGAAGAGCAGCAGCCACGCCGAGUCAGCCAGCGACGGCCUCAACUUCCGUGUCGGCACAUCGAUGGUGCUUCCGCCCUCCCCUUCCAGUAACUAUGCCGCUCGAUUCCGCGGCGCAUUCGUCGAUCCGUAAAUAUUGUGAUUGUGCUGGAAGUGGUGUUUGAUCAGCCCUUGAUGUGCGGUGCAACAAUGCAAAGUGUCACCCAAAAAUGAGAAAAUAAAUUAAAAUUUUUAAUCGAUGUUUUCCCGCGCUUUUCGCCAUCCCAUCGCGUCGUUGUCGUCCUCGUCGUGCUUAUUGUUGUUGGUCGGAAAAAUGAAAUAAAUGUAAUAAAAUAAAGAAGAGCAGCGCGAGCGGCGGAAAAAAAAAAUUUGCAGAAGAAUAGCCGCUUUUGUGUGAAUAAAUGUUUGUUCGAGUGGACUUUUUGUCCAGCUGAGUUGGGAGGGUCCGAAAUCAGCUUUCAGAUCGGUGCGAGGAAGAAUACGCAUGGCGGUUUGCAUGGUGGAGUUCUGUUGUGAAUAAAAUGUUUCAUCAAAAAUAAAUUCCACUUUGGCUGUUUGCUUCCACGGAGGAAAAAAUACACGAAGAGAAAAGUUGAGUUGCAAGCGAACCUUGCUGAUUUGGUGCAAAAAUAUUGUACCGACACGAGUGGUGACGCGUGUUUUUAGAGUGUUUUACAAGUGUAACAAAAAUAAUCGUAAGUGUUUUUUCAGUGAACUUUUCGCUCAAUGUGUUGGUAAUCGUGGUGAAGCAGCUUUCGAAUUAAUGUCGCGUAUGUUCGAGUAAAGUGAGGGCUUGCUUUAAUGCCGAACCGAUCCCAUUAGGCUCGCGCUCAGGCUCCGGCUCCUCAGGGAGGGGGUCUCCAAGGUUGUGCUACUAGGAGGCGAGGAUCGCGUGUAGUUUCCGGUUGAUUCGACGAGUGGGUACGAAAAAUCCUCCAAAGUGGCCGCGUCGAAGAGAUCCCGAGGCGCCUCGUCGGAAGGUCGCCUGAACACCGCAACGACGACCACGACCGAGACCGGGACCAGCCUGAGCAAUUCGCGGCAGGGCUCCGUCGAUGGGGUAAUGCAACGAUGCGGUCUCUGCUCGAUCAUCUCCAGUCUGCUGCGGCGAGCCAUGUGCGUCGGGUCCCGACGUGGUAGCGGGGAGUCCUACUACCAGGAACUGGCGGAAACUAAUGUAUGUCGGAUGAAACCAAGUGGUACCAUCAUCGCCAUCCCUGACGUAGCCACAAUGGAAACCACGGACAGCUCCAGCUACAAACGACUGAUAUCAACCACAUCCAACACGAUACCGACGAUCGCGCUAACGACGACGGGGACAACGGCCACGGUGACGACGAUACCGUACCUACCAGCGGGAGCAGCGGCGACGAUCCGCCGCAUGUCCGACCAGGACCGGCCCCUCUUUGAGGCACUGAUAGCGGAUGACCAUACGGAGAAUCCCCGGCGGCGGCACGCGUGCACCGGUCGCUUCCUGACGAUGCACAAACGGCGCAGAAAGAAGCUGCACACGCGAAGUCUUGCAAUGGAUCCGGCCAUCCUCGAUGAUAUCCUGCACGGCCAGGUGCAAUGCAUCCUGGACCGGGUGGGCCACUGGCGCUUCAAUGCUUUCACCCUGGAAACGGUCACUGGUGGACGUUCACUGCCUGUCUUAUGUGUUCAUCUGUUCCAUUGGUACGGCCUUUUGGACCACUUCAACCUAGACGUAGUUAGAUUAUGGAAAUUGUUUAGUUUAAUCGAGGAAGGAUAUCAUAGUACGAACCCGUAUCACAAUUCGAUUCACGCGACUGACGUAACACAAGCAAUGCACUGUUUCUUGCAAGAGAAGCGCAUCCUGGAGAAUCUGAGCCCGCUGGAGAUCAUGGCGUCGUUGAUCGGUGCCGUGACGCACGACCUGGACCACCCGGGCGUGAACCAGCCGUUCUUGAUUGCGACCUCCAACCACCUGGCAGCGCUCUACGAGAACACAUCAGUGCUGGAGAACCACCACUGGCGGUCGGCCGUCGGGUGUCUGCUGGAGAGUGGCGUCGCCGAGCAGAUACAAGGCAUCCGACCGGAACUGGAAAAGCAGAUCAGCUCUCUAAUCCUGGCAACGGACAUCACCAGGCAGCAGGAAUUCAUCAGCAAGUUCCGCGACUAUCUCUGCCGCGACAGCUUGGACAUGCGCGACAAGGAACAUCGGCACUUUAUUCUGCAAAUCUCGCUCAAGUGUGCGGACAUCUCGAAUCCCUGCCGGCCAUGGGAUAUUAGUAAAAAGUGGAGUUUAAAAGUGUGCGAGGAGUUCUAUCGCCAGGGAGACUACGAACGACAGCUCAAUCUACCGGUUACAUCGCUCUGUGAUCGGCAUUCGACGUCGGUGCCCAAGAUUCAAACCGGCUUCUUCAAAUUUGUAGUCACGCCACUGAUGGACGAAUUUCACCGAUUUUUGAAGACUGACCUAUCCCACAAUAUGAUGCACCAUCUGAAAUACAACCAAAUUCAAUGGGAAAGCAAACUACAGGCGGAGAUGAAUGAAGAAACUCGAACCGAAAUAUCCGACGCGGAGCUCCUAGACGAAGACGUUGACGACAACGAUGACCAGGACGAACCGCUACAUGACCUGUCGGACAGUUCGGAAAUUCUUAUCCCGAACGCCACCAAAUUCGGACGACGUAGUUCUCUCCAAAUCUCCGGAUUCUGUAGCGCACGUAACGAGCGGCGCUUUUCCGUUCCCGUACACAGUAUACCGAAGAUUGUGCUUCCAGCACGGGACCACCGAGAAUGCAAUCUCCCACCGGAAUCAAUCCAGGAGAGCGACGAGCACAAGUUCGACAACGAUUCGCUCUCAAUCUUCUCGUCGGACAGCGAUAGUCUCCAUCGGGGGGCGCGUGGUUCCUCCACCGGCAGUACCGCUGAUCGCGAGCGUCCGCUUAGUGCGGAAAAUCUUCUUCCAGACUGCAGUAUCGCAUCGAUGACCGAUGGAAUCUGCGGCGAUCGACUGAAUCUAGUGCUUCACGGAGCCGUUAGCGUAGGAAAUAACGCGAAUCUUCUCACCGUUGGAACUUCCAAGCAUCUUAUCAGACAGCAAACCUUCCCACCGUUGCAACCGUACGUGCGCACUCGUUACAUGUCUUCACAGGCGGAACUCGGAGCCUGUCCGGAGGCACUUCUCGAAUCUAACUCCAGCAGUAGCUCUUCCAACUCCCACCCGGAGGCGAACAGUGAAUCUCGUGGCAUCCUGAUGACCAAAAUCAAGCGGGAAACGGAUUCGUCCACUUCCGCCGACAAGGCCAAAAUCCCGAAGCUCUCUCUCGGCCAGAAGGAGAAUCUCGACCCGUCGAUGUUGAAGCGAAGCCUCAGCCGGCGGAGAGGCUCCGCUCCGGUCACCGUAGCUCUACCACCGAAACCCGUCGACUCCGACCUGAGCGUAUCGUUCGUCAUCAAGUCCUGCGACCUGCGGCGAGGUUCCAUGCCCGCCGAAUUCAUCACUUCCAUGCACACAAAAGACCAACCGAACGGGGCUCAGCCGGAGGUGACGGCCACUGUCCUACCGAACAACAUUGGUCCGGCGUACAACAUGCAACGACGCGGAUCCGUGCCGUGUGAUAGCUCAAACAGCGUUGUGAUUCGGACCAGCUUCGGCAACAAGCGGCGCAGCGCGAAGAAGGCCCUAAGGCGGCGAUCGUCCGGCGGAGCGGAGAUCCUGAGUCCGAUCCUGUCGGAGGAUGCCACCAGCUCCGGUAAUGGUGGUGGCAGUGGCGGCGGCGGAGGCGGUGCUAGUAGCAGCUCGACAGCGUGGCAGCGAUUCAAGCGACGGGCGGAUGCCGAAAAUCUGCUAUCGCGACGGCGUGGAUCGCUGCCAGUUGAGGUGCUUACCAUUGGAUAUUCGGGAACAUUACGUCACUGAGCAUCGUUGGGGUGGUCUUCCGGUAAUCAUCCUGAGGACGAACAGGAGCAAGAAGAGUAGGAACGAAUGCAGUAGAGUUAUUUUCUUCACCCGUAUGCAAACCAGGCAAGCUCUAUCCGUAGCAACGCAAAGCUGACUAAGAUUUUUAGUUUGUUUUUUUUUCUGAAAAAUCUCUCAUCCUUAUAAAUUUGACAGGAACGUAUUGGGUAGAACUUAAUUUGUUUUAAUGCGUUGGAAAAUAGUAAUUUUGAUAAAUAUUCAGAACGCAUUUUUUGAGCAACUCUCAUGACUUUCGAACGACAUUUACAGUGAAGUAAAUCAAUCAAUAAUUUGUACAAGAAAAAUCAAUUCAGACUAUAAAAUCAAGUACAGUUAUUCAACGAAGAAGAAUAAAUAACAAAAUGGCUUAGUCUGAUUCAGACAUUUUUAUUUUCAUAUCAAUUUUAAACAUUUAAAUUUGAAUUAAUUAUCAAACUAAAUUUAAUUUCAAAUGAAUUGAAAAAUUGUAUACAUAUUAUUAAACUAUUGAUGAGGUUAUAUGAGCUUAACGUAUAAAAAUGAUCACAGUGAUAUGCAACAAAAAUUGAAUACAAAAGGAUGAGAGAUAUUUAUAAAAAAAAAUAUUUUAAUUCAAAUUCAUAAUUAUAAAUACAGUAUUGAACAAAAUGCGUACCGAUAAACGGAAAAAUCACAGUAGUUUAACGUUUUCCCAAACACACGCAAUGCGACAUUCUGCGAUUCUGUCGCCGUAGGUAUGGAAGCGUAAACAAAACAUUGCUUGCAGCGACCCAACGAUAAAAUCGCGACGACUAGUUGUCGCCGUCGCGGCGAUUAAAAAGCGUUAGUCUGAGGGAGCCUUAGCAAUUACAAACAAAGAGCACUUGAACAACUACUGAAUAUUUUACAAUGUCUUAAACUACAAAAUCAAAGCGAACUUCAUGUUGUUCAGUACUGUAAUUAUGUGAAUCGUUCAUUAUAACAACUACAUAGAGCAACAAAAGGGAAAAACAACAACAUAGAACAUAAAGUCAGCGGUUGCACACUUUCUCUACCUCUGAAAAGAGGGAUAUACACAUAGAAUCCAACCGAACACUAAAUCCGCUCAUAAAUAAAAAGAAAACUCCUACAUUACAGUUACAAAGUAUGCUAUAACAAGCGAACAGAUAAAGAAUGCAUUGGAUUAAUUAAAACCACAUGCAUUCACUCACAUACAGACAACCCAGUGCAACACAGUCAAAUAGUGCAGUGAAACGUGGUUUAUCAGGCACUCAAAAUUACAUUUUUUUUACUUUUCCUUUCGAAAAAAAAGACACAAUAAUGAAACACCGCAGGAAAUUGCGUUUUUGCUCGACGUUCCAGAUCGGUGCUGCUGUUCAAAUGUUUUGGAAAAUUCUUUCGAGUGUUGGUGGCAAACCAAACUUCUCCAUUCUUAUGAAUAUUGUUUGUGCCCAGUUUUCCCGGCAAAAACAACCAGUUAAAAAAAAACGUUGAAAAGUGACUAAGAAGUACGAGUCACAGAACUGGCAAAGAUGUGUAUAGUGAGGGUCGGAAAACUGAAUCGUGAAAGGGAAGUUUCGCCCAUUUGAAAUGGAAAUUUUUAAGACUGCAGCACCGCAGUAGUACAGCAUCCGCAGUAACAGUUUUGCUGCUGACUGUUGGGUGCUGAUGACGAACGGAAUGCAAACUCGCAAUAUUCCCUGGUGGUGCGAUGGUUGGUUAAUUCGACUGUUUUAUGCGCGAAAACAAAAAGUUUUACAUCGUUGGAGGUUUGGUACAGAGAGUUUUUUGCAAGUAGUACGUUGGUAAGUGUGCUCAAAAUAAUCUUUGGUUUUUCUUUCGGAAAACAUGGUUAACUAUAAAAAGGUUCAUCAAGUUGGUUCCACAAAUAUUUGACUACAAUUACCGGCACUGACGGUUUAAUCAGACAGUAGAAACAUAAGUACUAUAAGCCUAGAGGGACUGUAAUCAUUUAAAUUAUUUAGCCAAAUUAUGCUUCAACAAGCUUCAAUUCUCGCGUGAUUUUUGAAAACGUCGUAAGUCCAAAAGAGAGGCUCUCCUUGUUUACUUUCUCUUUCGAUUAUUACAAAGCCAUACUAACAUUUAGAUUGGAUUUUCCAGUACCGAUCUGAAGAAAAUAGCUUUGUCUAGUGUGCUGAGGUGAAAAUAUUGCAACCAAUUUUAAAGUAGCCUGAAUAUUAGCAAAAGAGAGCGUAAUGAAAGAGAGUCUCUCAUUUGGACUUACGACGUUUUCAAAAUCACGCGAGAAUUGGCCAUAAUUUAUGCAUCAUGCUUUAGUGCAUGUUUGGUUUCAUCACCAACAUCGGUUUGACACUUGUACGCGAACAAGAAAGACAUUAGCAAUCUUAUCUUAUACUUUCGAAUCAACAAAUCAGGCGGUUGAAAAGUAAAUAGCAAGUCGCGAAUUGAAAUGUGACUUGCUUUAAUGAUAGAAAAAUGUAACAGCAACUACCAAGUUUCUACAAGUUCGCACCACAGUAGCGGAUCUUUCAUCAGUACUGCCAACAGGAAAUUUGACAUGGGAUGAUAUAGGAAAUGAGAAUUGAAAUGCCUCUAGAACGUUAUAAAACAAUUUUCAGUUUGUGGGAUUGAAAUUCAACAAUGUUAAGUAAUAACUGCUUAUUCAAAAAAAAAUCGAGAUAUCAUAUCUAUUUUGUGUGCUUCUAAUCCCAUAAACCUUUUUUUUACCAACUCAGCUCACAAAGGGGCGCCGAAAUCAAGAAUUACGGCAUGAGAAACAGAACAAUUUAUUGGUUAAAGGGCCAAUAAAUAACAAAUCGACUGCAAAGUCCAAAGGACGAUAUUUUUAGCAAUCUAAAUUAAUCCAAUAGUACUCUGGAAUAAGGCCUCAGUCAUACAAGAAAUCCCCGGAGAUAAGUCUUAGGGUCUACACGCGUAACCAACGGUCUAUCAACUAGUUUCAAAUGUGGUGUGUUGUAGUCCUUAUAAUAGAAUUUGAUCUCUUCAUAUGUUCUGCGUUAUCCAAGAUAUCUACGGAGCUAGGCCUUAAGGUCUACACGCGAAGCCAAAAGUGUAUCAACUAGUUUCAAAAACAGUCCAUGCUCUUCGUGAUUCUUAGAACAUAUCGUUUUGACUCAAAUUCCGAACAUGACUCAUAUUUCGAACAAUCGCUUUUAAAUUGCCAUUUCUCGCCUAACUUUUCAAAAGGACCUAAAUAACAUUUUUUUCAUGAAUUAAUUUGAAUACUGCAAUCGAAAACUUUCAUGUUUUUGUUGUUGAUUGCACUAUUCAAAUUAAUUCAUGAAAAAAAUGUUAUUUAAGUCCUUUUGAAAAGUUAAGCGAGAUUUUUGGUUUAUUCGUGUAAUUCUUUCCAUAGGAUCAUCAAUUAAUUUGUAAUCUUGAUCCUCAGAAGUGAAAACCGACGGAAUUUUUGGUUUUUGAGUACUAAAACGUCAGUGUUCGGAAUAUGAGUCAUGUUCGGGAUUUGAGUCAAAACGGUAAUGUGAUCACUAUAUCACGCUUAACUUUUCAAAAGGACCUAAGUAACAUUUUUUUCAUGAAUUAAUUUGAAUAGCGCAAUCAACAGAAAAACAUGUAAGGUUUUGAUUGCAGUACUCAAAUUAAUUCAUGAAAAAAUGUUACUUAGGACCUUUUGAAAAGUUAAGCGAGAUAUAUGUUUAGUGUUUCCAAAAGUCGAUAGACCUUUGGUUAUGCGUGUUGGAUUUCUUGUAUGACUGAUCCCUCCAGAGAUUUCUGGGAUACCGCAGAAUAAAUGAAGUGAUCACAUUCCAAGGACCCCAAAGAGCAUGAACUACUUUUGAAACAAGUUGAUAGAAUUUUGAGUAUGCGUAUAGACCUCAAAGCCUCACUCCAGAAAUUUCUUGAAUAGCGCAGAACUUAUGUAAUGAUCACAUUCUAUGAGAAGGACCGCAAAGAGCAUAUUCAACAUUUGAACUAGACGACACAUCUUUGGAUACGCGUAUAGACCCUAAGCCCUUUUUCCAGAGAUUUAUUGUAUAACUGAGAUUCCAGAGAUUUCUUGGAUAGUGCAGAACAUACACUACAGGGGUCUGCAUAUUUGCAUGCAUAUUUGGUUACGCUUGUCGACCUUAAAACCUUACUCCAGGGUUUUCUUGUAUUACUGACGCCUUACUUCAGAGAUUUCUUGGGUAACGCAGGGUCACAUUCUAUUUUAAACCUUAAAGAGCAUGUACCACUUUUGAAUCUAGUCGAUGGACCGUUGGUUACGCGUGUAGACCUUAAGGUCUUACACCAGAUUAUUCUUGGAUGAUCCAAAACAUAUACUGUGCACGCAUUCUAUGCUAAGUACCACAAAGAGCAUGCACCGUAUUUGAAUUUGGACGAUAGACCUUUGGAUACGCGGGAAGAUCUUAGGACUUUACUCCAGGGAUUUCUUGGAUGACUAAAGCCUCACUCCAGGUAUUUUUUGUUUGAUGACCCGAACAUAUCAUGUAAGGACCUUCAAUUCUAAGGACCGCAAAAAGCAAGUUGUAUAUUUGAAACUGGUUGAUAGACUUUUGGUUACGCGUGUAGACUCUAAGGCAUUACUAACAUACUUCAAGGAUUUCUUGAAUAACCAUAGACAAAAGCUGUAAAUCUCGGCAGCGGACAAAAAGUAUAUAAGUUCCCUUCUUCAAAAUGGCAAAAAUUAUUCAAAUAGGUUGAAAAUUGUAGAAGUUAUGAAAAUGUCAAUAUCAGGGUUCACGGGUACCCUUUCUGCCAUUCACGUCUGUUUUUUGUUGGCCACAUAAGGGUUAAAUUUGUUUUGCAAUGUGAUCAAAAAAUUUUGCCUAUCUGUCUUCAUGACAUAAAAUUGAUGUCAAGGGUAAAGAUUCAUUUUUUGUUUGAAGCCAGUUUUGAUAACGCCAUUCCUGUGGUGCUGGGAAGGAUCGAUUAAUUUCCUAUUUUUUCCAGUCAUUAACAGCAACAACACUAGUCAGAAUUUUGCGAGAAAAUUUCACUUGAUGCGCGUUUAUAGUCACUAACAGCUAACAAAAGGCGCAUUCAUUGUGCCCACUUGUGAAUAUCCAAAGAUUUUUCCUGUCCAAUUUAUUCUCACUCUCUCCUUUUCUCAUGUGAAGUUUUUGGCCCUGAUUAGGACCGAUUUAAUGCGUCUUCGUUUGAAGGUCUUGUAUCGCGCCGGCAUGGAAACAGACAGAAUUAAUCAACUCCUGACUGCUUCUAGCGCGUUUUUUUUGCAGGCUUUGCGGGACACACAUCAGAUUCGCUAAUUUAGUCCGCACGCCGCUAUAGUGUGUUCGAAGCGGCUGAUAAAUAACGACCAUAUACUUCCGGUUCCCCACAAAACUUUGGAAGAUGCUGCGACACCACCUUCCGAGCGGUAAUACGACCGACGGCCUCUCCGAUCGGUCGCCAACGUCACUGCCCCUUGAGUUUCGAUCGAUGCCUCGCCUAGACCCAUCACUGUCUGUAACUGCUACUUUUCGCUGCAUAGCCCUCUCCAUCCCCAUUGGUGUUGGUGCUGUGUUUACAAAAUUUUCCUUUGUUUGCUGUUAGAACUGUCAUAUUUUUCUUGUUUGCUGUUAGAAAACAACAAACAAUGCGUGGAAACACUAAGAAAAAUAUCGCAAAUUUGAACUAGACAUCAGGUGAAAAUGAUAAUUUUCAUUUUGAUUCAGUGUGCAGGAAAAAAAAAUUCACUCUGUGAUAGUGUUGGUAAAAUCUACUUGGAGACCUCAAUAGUCCGACGACUCCGACGCUACUUUCGACUUCUUCGUCGAACUCAGACUCGUUGUUGAAGAUUUCAGGAACUUCCUUCAUCGGUUUAAUCGAUUUUGCCUUGAUUGCCUUCAUGACCACUUCAACUCCCAGUUGGACUCCACCUUUCGGGGAUGCUCCCCUUAAAUCUGUGGCUUGCCAGCCUUCGUUGACUGCUGCAGUCAUUCCUUCAUCUUCCGGUCAGGUUCACUCUUCGUCCUCCCGCCGACAACGCCAGAUUCGUCUUUACACGCGUUCACGUUCACGUUUUGAUGUUGCUGACGAAUUUCUCCCGGAUUGCAUCUCGCUUCAACAAAAAAUCUUUUUCCGCAACCAGUCGAGUGUCCAAGGUAGCCUAUUCUUGUUGCAACCGCUGUGCCACUAUCUCGCGUUACCUCCUUCCACGUCGCCAUCUGCUUCGCCUCCUUCGUCACAAGAUGCUCCUCCAUCUAUUGCUUUUUAGUCGGAACCAGCUGCUUGAUAGGACCCUCCAAAUGCUUUCUCGGUCGGAAUUCUUACUCCUCUUCUUGACAGUCCCAUCAGCAACCUUCAGCUGCUGACUGCUACUUGGAAUCUGCUGUAGGCAGUCCCACUUCGAAAGGAUUUCCCGAUGAUAACAACACCUAUCCUUUCUGUGUGCGUGCAAGGGAAAGAUGACUAAACGUCAGCAAGCCUUACGACAGGUGACAGUCUUAGGAGAUUCUGUCAAUUUUUUUUUUAAUUUCUAAAUUUCCGAUAUAAAUUUAACAGAUUUUUCUUCGAAUUUCGGAAAAGAAUUCUACUAGAAGACGUAAGAUUACGUCCUUCGGUUAGUCUGCAGAUUCAAAUUUGUGAUUGUCACGACGAGUGGUCAGGAAGUACGGGCUAAUAACUCAGCCAUCUUUCAACCGAUUUUGGAAAUUUAGGUAUUGGGCGAUCAACGAACUCUCUUUUAGAUUUUGCCCAACUAUUGAAAACAAUUGGCUGAAACACUAAACUAUUGACAAUUGAAUUUCGGCAAGCACUGUUAAAAAUUGGUGAACCAACCAAUCCCGUACGUGCAUCUCAAGCACAGACAUCAAAAUCGUGCUGACUGACGGGCUGGACUCUAAUACUCAGUUUAAUCAAGACAUCAAGACGAGCGGAAUGGUUUCAGCGGAGAGUGCGAGUUAUUCAUAGAUUGAACGUCCCCAGUAGCAACUACACUCGAUAGAGAUUUCAACGCAAUUUUGAGAAGAAAAUUAUUUUGAGCUUUUAGGGUCUUUACUUGUCAGUCAGUCGUACGUGUCAGUGUCUCGUACUUGACUCGACUUCAAUGCAAUAUUUGGCCUUUCGUUUGGUUGCUGUUAGUGAUCAGAAAGGUGCAAAAAAUCGAUUCUUUCAGGACAAAAUGACGUUGUUUGCGGUCCCGGGCAUCUGUGACGGUACUGAAAAUGUAUUUUAAAUGGUGGCGUCAUAGCGGAAAAUCAUCAAGUUUCAGUCGGACGGCAGCAGCAGUCAAGUGAAUUUUUUACACAUAGUUCGGACUAACGUUUGUUUGCGUGAAUUAUUAGAAAAGCGCAUCGUGGAUUGAAAAUCGGUUCUUAUGAGAAUCUCCGUUUUACACAGGAAAAAAAAGACAUAUUUUCUUCAAAGUGCGAAUCAUAAUCGCUUGACGACGGUAAGAUAUUGUCUAUCCGGAAAUAAAUUAGAACGCUUUUUAUACCGAAGUUGGAUUUUUCUCCAGAUACAGGCAACUUUCAUAACUUCGGAAUUAGUGCGCUGGAUUCGCCUAAAGAUGCGCUAAACAACGCAUCAAUUAGUUUGACAGAUCAAACUUCGGAAGAAAGUUCGGUUCGGAAAUCCCGAUUUCCGAAUUCUAAGUUGGUGCUACACCGACAAUAUCUUCGUCGGUAGCAGCGUAAGCGCUCGGUGAAGGGAGACGCUCCGAACAUUUAUUCGCAUUCGAGUGGCUGACGUUGGCGUCAGUACCAGUGAAAUGGGAAUUUUCUUUAAAAAAUCUGAUUUUCUGCGUGCGCGGUAUGAAAAUCCCUCUCUUCUGUUUGCGCGGCUGGCCUGGAAAGCAUCGGUUUUGGGUGGAUCUACGCCUCGUUCUUGUUUAUUUGGAACUGGACGGUUUAAACAUUUAGCGUUUGUUGUAAUGCGCCAGGCGAGAGGUCUCGUCUGCGAUACGCUCGAAGAUGUCGUUUAUGAAGCUGUUCAUUAUGCACAUCGCUUUCGACGUUUUUCGGUACUUCGUUCUGGUCGUUCUGCCAAUCUGUCGAAAAAAAAACAAAUCUCGGCCGAUGUCAGUUGAGACCUAGGCCUCGCCCCGUCGGUGGCUGGUAGCAUGUGUGUUGGCUCGUUGGCUCCGCCUUUUGUUCGUUCGAUGCAAGUGCGCCUGCAACAUCAAGUUAGGUAGGUAGGUAGCAGCGCAAGCACUCGUCGGAGGGAGACGCUGCGAAAAUGUAUUCGCAUGGAUAGAGUCUAUCGCGUUUCUGCGGCAAAUCAGCGAGUAGUUGACUCUUGGCGUCAGUAGCAAUGAAGAGAAACUUUCACUAGUUUCUGAAUUCGGUAUUGUUGCUGCUUGUGAUUGAGAAAACGCAUUAUUGAAAACAAAUCGGUUCUUUUUAGAACCAUCAUUUCGCACAAGAGAAGGUAGAGCCGAGACAAAUAUUUUUCAAAGUGCACAUCAUAAUCGCUUGGCGAUAGUAGAAAUUUUGAAUCGGUAGCAACAAGAGCACUUGUCGUUGGGAGAUGCUGCAAAAUGGCCGCGUUCCAACGACGAAUCAUCGAGUGGCUGAAGUUGGCGUCAGGUGGUGAAAUUUUCUUUCGAGGUUUAAAUUUCGUUUUUGUUGUAGUUAGUGAUUGGAAAACCGGUUCUUAUCAAAGCCAAUAUUUUAUACUAUAGAAAAUUGAUCCGAGAAGAAUUUUCUUAAAAAUGAUUUUUUUUUCAAAACUCAAUACACUACAUUUUACGUAAUCUUCCGUCUAAUUGGGUCCUAAAAUGAAGAAUCGAUAUUCGAUUUUCUUUUAGGGAACGAUGAACGUAAUCAUUCUAAACGUGUCAGUUUUUCUUUAGACUCAAAAAUCGUAAAGAACAUUGUUUAAUUUGAAAUUGAAAAAUAGAUAAAAAAUGCUUCUUCGACAUUUUCGGUCUUGUUUGACGUACGGAUUCAAACGCACUAGCAAAACACCGCAGGGCACUUGACUCAACCUUUGACAGUUAAUAUAUGGGGCUGACGUUUUGGGCUGAUGGUUCAUUCGUUCUGAAAUGUUGCACAGCCCAAAAUUUGCCUUAAAAUGUCUUAAACACAAAAAUAUUAUUUUUACUGAUUAAAAAUUUUACCAGAAUUUUUAUAACAACGCCCAAGUAACCACCAAGCAUUAAUUAAUGCAUGUAAUCAAUCGCAGAUCAGCAUAUUAAAUGCUAAUUGCAUUAAAUCCGUUUUACCGAUGUAAAGAUGCAUUUAUUCAUCGCCUGUCAAGCAACGAUACACUAGUUCAGCAUAACGAAUGCAGCGAUGCAUUACAUAUGUUUUAUUUCAACAUGUCAAAGUAAUAAGGCAUUAUUUCGGUCGUAAAAGGGCCUUUUUCCACUUUAAGUCAACUUUAAUGGCUGUAUUAUUUGCAAGCAUAUAUAGCUUCAUGGUUACUUGGGCGGUACAAGUAUUCUUGACCGAUGCACUGUCGUUUGCAACCAUGAACGAGAAAGGGCUUUAGGACCCAAUUGGCGGUAAUGUCUCGAAUACAAACUCCUACUUUUUUCAUUAGAAAAUUUUCAUAAAUUUCCCCACAAUGUAGUUUUUUCUCGGGAAAUUUCUUCCCCAUGAAAUUCAAUUCAUUUUUCACACGUGUAUCACUUUUUCGGUUUUUAUUUUUGAUUUUUUUGAAUUCUGAGGCUUAAAAAAUAUGGAUUCUUCGGGAAAGUUUAACUUAAAUAAAUCAAAGAAUCAACUGAUACAACAAAAACGAGAAACAAUUUUUGACGGAAAAGGAGGAAAGCCUAAAAACGUUAAGGUCAAUUCUUAAAAACGUUAUAGCUCGUAACAGACACCAUUUUCAUACCUCCAACAUGAUGUGCAUAAAAUAGUCGAAAAACUUCGAAUUUCACAAAAGUCUAUUUAUGUUUCGAGUUAACAUUUUUCGCGUCUUUCACAAAGCACACGUUAACACAUACACGAAACCCAAAUGUUGGUUGCCAACUGCAAAUCACAAUCUAACACACCCGCAGCACAUGUUAGCUAAAUGUAGAAAUGUCUUAGAAAUGCAUAACCCAAUCGUAGUUUUAUGACCACAAUAUAGGAUUAAGGAGAGCAGCAAAUAAACCAAUGGCAACAGCACAUACACAUACACAUACUGGCUGGAUCCAGUCUUUAGGAACCUAUACACACAUACGCAUGCGCAUAUUUAUUCGUAAAGGACCUUUGAAUAUGUGAAGUCAAUCACAGGACCGAAACAAGAAAAAAACAGCAAGUAUUUUAAACGAAAUUGUUUGAUACAAUGACGUGGGAAAGAUAGUGUAUUACUGGAUUAAUGCAGUUCUUGAGAAACAAUAUAUUUUUAAUUUAGCUUUAACUUUCAACUAACAAGUUUAUUUAUUUUAGUUGGUAUGGAGUUUCGUUUUACACUCAAAGUUUUGUAGUACAUUUGUAUUUGCUUUCUACUUCGUUUCGAGCUAGAAACUUAUCUAAUCCAUUAGGCAGUAGUGCGCUCUAGCGAAACAAUCUCACAGGUAUUUCUACAACUCGAUAAUAAUAUACUAAUAGAACUGUUUUCCCAAUACUAACAAAACUGCAUAGCGAAGGUAGAUGGCACUAGGAAUAGAAAUUAACCCACAAUCAAAUAAUGGUGCACUAAAACUUUUUAAUCCACAUAAAACACACGUACAUAGUCCUUAUAAACCCCUUUUGGAAGGCAGUUUGACCACGUCCAACCCAAAGGACCUACACCUUAUAAAUGCACAAGGAACAAUUGCCCACAUGUUUACAUUUUAAACUUGUCAAUAACACUACAACUUGUUUUGAUUUUUAGAGCAUACAUAAAUAACUGCGUUUCACUACUAACCAAACUAACACACACAAAACUACAUGAUAAAAAAAACAAUAAUACAAAAUAACAGUGUAACACAAACAAUAGCGCAUAGGAGUAACUCGAAUCAAACUUGCUCAACGGGAAUCCAACUUCAUUAGAAUCAAAACCAAAAGGACUAACUCUCUCUCUUGCAAAUUAGAAAAAAGAAAACAAAUACGAAACAACUGUAGAGGACCUCCCCAUUCAUGAACCUGUUCUGCAAAAUGGCAGACAAAAAAACGUGAUUUUCGUCAAGUUAUUAGUAGACACAAAGCAGAGAAAAAAUAUACUAAAAUAGUUCACUGUGGACAAGAAAUCGAUAUUUAGGAGAGUAAUUAAACGUCAUUAAGAACAAAAGAAAAACCCGAACUGAAAUCAAAACAAGGCAAACAGAAAAAUCUAGCACACAAGUAGCGAAUCGGAAACGUAAUUCAAUAGUUGUUAAGGCAGAACAGUACGCAUAUAUUGGAAGACUUGUUGUUGAAUACACUGAUUUUGAUUUCGUAUCUUAUUGAGGUCAUAGUAGCGAAAAGGUGGACCCUUUUUUCUAAAACGUUCAAACGAUACGACUAAAUUAGGCUGAUUCGUUAGUGUAUUGAAACAGUGUCGAAGUAAUAAUCCGAAACCGUUUUUUAAAUUGUUAUUAGAAAAUUAACCGAGAGAAAAACAUUGGAAGCGUUAGAUUUUAUUUUAGACUAGAUGAAUUUUCAAAAACAAAAGAAGAUGUGGAAAACCUGCGUACUAGUUAAGACAAAUUUACCAAGAGGAAGAAAUCUACAAAACUGUGUAAUCGAUGUAACUGAAUUUCAGAAACUAAGUACUAAUGUUAAAGUUAUCGGAUGGUAGUGCGAAACCUAAUCGGAGAAACAGAAACCAACUCAAAUACUGGAAACAAAGAAAAAAAACAAAUAGUUGUGGAUGUAGAAUAGACCUAACAGAAAUCAAAAAUGAAUAAUACAAAAGAAAUACCAUUUUUAGCUUGACAGCAGUAAAACAAAAUGAGAGAUAUGAAACAAGAACAUUGUAUCAAGUAGAAAGAAGAAAACAGAGAAUACUACUUAAAAUCUAGUUGAAACAAAUAAAGAAAAAGACUUUCGAAAUUAUUCUUACGGUACAUAUUAUUGGAGAAGAAAGAUGAAAAACCUAAGCAACUAAUAAACUUAAACAAAAAACAAAAAGCAACAACUUUUUCCAAACUUACUCUAUAAGAACAACGUUCAAACAAGGUAAAAGAACAAGCAAAAACCAAAACACACUCUUAUACAAUCAUCUCUAAAACAUGGUUAUUAACGAUGUUUCUUGUUAUGAUUUUUGCCCCCAACAAAGCAAACAAACUUUACACAACAACCUUUUUACUAUCGAUAAAGAAGAUGCGACACAAGGGAAUAACAGCAAAAACGAGCUAAGGAAACCAACCAAACUGUAAGAGUAAAUUAUUGAACAAGAAAAACAAAACCUUUACACACAUCCACACAACCUUCUUUGGUCUGAGCGGACCCGCGAUGGAACGCCACGAGUGAAGCGAGAGGGCCACUCCAAUCGCACUGCGCAAUGCCAGCCGGUCUGGCACCACUGAUUGAUUGAUUGAUUGUGUCAACUGUAAUAUUGGUGAAUUUAAUAAAUUGAUAAAACAGAAACAGAUAAGUGCAAGUUCGGUUACUACUAUCCAAUUGAAGAAUAACUGAGUGCUUAUAGGAAACGCAAAUGAAGUGCAUGUAAUGAAGCCGAGAAUCCACCAAAAAAGGAUCGAAAUCUAUAUCAAAAAAUUAUAAACAUAGAAGCAAACAAAUGACGAAAAAAUCGAUUAUACAUUAAAUAUUGAAUGGUGAAAACAAGAAAACAACUUAAAUGUCAUAGAUGGUAAGAAACGUAAAACAGAGAAAACAAAUUGAAGAAACCAACAUUUAAAAAAAUAACUUCGUGGAAAAGAAUAAAACCAACCGUGUGUGUAAGACGAUUCUGUUGUUCAAAAAUACAAAACAAACAAAAAAAGAACAGACAACAAGUAACUGUUAUUGUAAAACACUAAUAUCAACAAGUAAUAUUAAAAGUGACAAACUGAAGCAAAAUAGAAAACAAAAAAAAAACGAUUCCGGCUGAGUGUGAACUUGGAUGCAAUAAAGUAUUAAAAUCAAA